UCGAUUGCAACAUCGUUGUGCGUGCAGCCCUGUCAGUUGUAUAACCUCAGCCGAAAAUCUUUUAUUGUCGCUUGCAGCAGCUCGAAAUCGUACAAAUAAACCCAAAACAAUGGCUGGCGAAGGCGAGAAACUGACCGGCCUGUCGAAAAUCUUCAAUGGCACCACCAUGGCCGGCCGUGCAAACGUGGCCAAGGCCACGUAUGCCGUGAUGGGCCUGCUGAUUGCCUACCAGGUGCUGAAGCCCAAGAAGAAGUAGAGAGCUCGCUUCAUAUGCGUGCCCACCAGCAGCUGAGGAUGAUGCGGAUGAUGAGCCGUCGCCAGACUCUGGAUCUAUGGCGCUGCUGCUGCCGGCAAACAAGAACACUCCGGCAGAAGACGUUCCCUGUGCGGGGGCGUGUAUAUUUUAUGUGUAGUGCAAGGCCUUGAAGGAAUAAAUAAGUUGAGAAUGUAACACACUGAAA